AUGGAAGCUUUGGAAGUGGAUGAUAUUAGCCCAGCCUUGGAAGUGACCGAAGAUUUCUUUAAUACUUUUGACAAUAAGCUUGAAAAGGCUGUGCAGCAAGCAGAGGUUUAUGGGAUCCAAGAAGUCCCUGAAUUGGUGGGGCGGGAGGUCCUCGGUAACAUAGACAAUGGUGCUAUCAGAAAUGUCACCUCCCUGGGCCAGGGGGGUGUGAUCUGGGACCAUUGUAAGACCAGACUCUUAGACACCAAAGUUCCAAAUGUCUUCCCUGCCAAAGAACAGUUUAUGGUCCAGAAGGGGACAACCCCAGAUAAUCUGUCCUGGAUGGAACAAAAGGAAGCAUCCACCUUUAAUUUUUUCAACAUCUGUCAGCGUCGAAGAGACAGGCCUCGUUCUGUGAAUGACUUAUUGGAUGAGACCUCGACUUUUAAGCCUGGGCAUGCUCGAUCAAGGUCAGAUAUUACCCAGGUGGACUGGAGGGUGGUCCUCAAAGCCAUGCCUCUGCAGCAGGAAGUUUCUCUUCAGGGCCCUCACUUCGCCAGGGCUUCUUUUCUGUUGGCCUCUUCAAACAAGGUAGAAGAUACUCAAGGAAAUACAGAACACAAGCCGGCAUUCCCGAACAUCCUGAAGAAGGGUUACCUGGAGAUUCGGAAAGACCAUGACAGUUGCUGGCAAAGCUGUUACGCUGAGCUCUCCCCCUACAGCUUAUACUUCUACAUUCUCGACAGCAGUGGGAAUCAGAACCUCUACGCCACGUACCAGCUGUCCCACUUCCAGAGCAUAUCCGUCCUGGGCAACCUCGAGGCCAGGCUGGUGGACACCGUCCUGGAAGAUAACACUCAACUGCAGCUAAAGGCCGAGUCGCCCUGGGAGGCUUUGGACUGGGGGCAGAAGCUCUGGGAAGGUGUGCACGCCGCUGCACCAGCCCGCAUGGGCCGGCCGGGAGAGCGGGCCGACUCCCCGGGGCUUGGCCGUCACGUCGACUGUCCACAGAAUCAUUGUUUACAGAGGAAAUCCCGCGAGCUGCUCAUGCCAUCCCCUGUGCUGGAUAGCCCCAAACAGUGUCAAAACAUCCUCAAAUCCGGGACGCUGUACAGGCUGACCAUGCAGAACAACUGGAAGGCAUUUACGUUUGUGCUGAGCAGGACCUGCCUGAUGGCCUUUCCGCCAGGCAGGCUGGACGAGGACCCCCUGCUGAGCUACAAUGUGGACGUGUGUCUGGCUGUCCAGCUGGACCACCUGGACGACUGUGACUCUUGCUUUCAAGUCAUCUUUCCCCAAGACAUCCUCCGCCUCCGUGCUGAGACGCGGCAGAGGGCUCAGGAGUGGAUGGAGGCCCUGAAAACUGCUGCCAACGCAGCAAGGAGUUCAGAACAGAACCUGCAGGUCAUGCUGAGGACCAAACCCAGGGAUCAGCUGGGAGGGCACGAACUCAGGAAGAGCAAACGCCAGUCGGUGACCACUAGCUUCCUUAGCAUCCUGACGACUUUGUCCCUGGAACGAGGGCUCACCGCUCAAAGUUUCAAAUGUGCAGGAUGCCAGAGAUCCAUAGGCCUUUCCAACGGGAAAGCCAAGGUGUGCAACUACAGUGGGUGGUAUUACUGCGGCAGCUGCCACGUGGACGACAGCUUCCUGAUCCCGGCCCGCAUAGUCCACAACUGGGACACUUCAAAAUACAAGGUGUCCAAGCAGGCCAAGGAGUUCCUGGAGUACGUGUUCGAGGAGCCCCUGAUCGACAUCCAGCGGCAGAACCCCACGCUGUACGGGCACGCCGGGCCGCUGGCCGCCGUGGCGCGGCUGCGCCGCCGGCUCAGGUCUCUGCGCGCCUACCUGUUCAGCUGCCGGGCGGCGGUGGCCGAGGACCUGCGCCGCAGAAUUUUCCCCAGAGAAUACCUCCUUCAACAGAUCCACCUGUAUUCCCUCGCAGAUCUGCAGCAGGUAAUAGAGGGAAAGCUGGCUCCAUUCUUGGGCAAGGUCAUUAAAUUUGCCACCUCCCACGUGUACAGCUGCAGUCUUUGUAGCCAGAAGGGGUUCAUCUGUGAAAUCUGUAACAAUGGAGAGAUCCUCUACCCUUUUGAGGACAUUUCAACAAGCAGGUGUGAAAGCUGUGGAGCUGUUUUCCAUGCUGAAUGCAAAGAGAAGUCUGUCCCCUGCCCGCGAUGUGUCCGCCGAGAGCUGCAGAUGAAGCAGAAGUCUUUCUGGCGGAGGUUGAACAUGGACGAGAGCCUGGAGGAGGCUUGCAACAUGUUUGAGCUGUCCUACCAGAACACCUGA